AUGGCUUAUCGAAGUGUGGCUCACGCAUCAACAGGUUAUUCACCACAUUACAUGCAACAUGGUAGAGAAAUGACCUUACCAGGAGAAUUCCUCAUCAAAAAUGAUCUAAAGGGGCUCCCUGUGGAAGAGCAUGUAAAACAGUUGAAGCACCGAUUACAAGAAGCAUUUAGUGAAGCCUUCAGAAACUCCAGCAAAUCUGCUGAGCGGAGACUACAGACAACUAACAAAGACAGAAAACUUAGAAAUUUUCGGGAGGGAGAAAUGGUCUACUUACAUGACCCAGCACUAAGACCAGGAGAUGCAAAGAAAUGGCAUCAUCCUUGGGGAGGUCCCUACCAGAUAAAGAAGAAAAUCUAA